UCCUUCACAGAAGGAGGUACUCCCUUGUGUUAGAUCCAAGAAGCAACCACAAACAAGAAUCAACAACAAGAGAGGAGGAGGAAGAAGAAGAGAUCGAAGAUGGCCGACGGCGAGGACAUCCAGCCGCUGGUGUGCGACAACGGGACAGGUAUGGUGAAGGCCGGGUUCGCCGGCGACGACGCGCCCCGGGCGGUGUUCCCCAGCAUCGUGGGGCGGCCGCGGCACACGGGGGUCAUGGUGGGCAUGGGGCAGAAGGACGCGUACGUGGGCGACGAGGCGCAGUCCAAGCGUGGUAUCCUCACCCUCAAGUACCCCAUCGAGCACGGCAUCGUCUCCAACUGGGACGACAUGGAGAAGAUCUGGCAUCACACCUUCUACAACGAGCUCCGCGUGGCCCCCGAGGAGCAUCCCGUCCUGCUCACCGAGGCGCCCCUCAACCCCAAGGCCAACCGUGAGAAGAUGACCCAGAUCAUGUUCGAGACCUUCAACACCCCCGCCAUGUACGUCGCCAUCCAGGCCGUGCUCUCCCUCUACGCCUCCGGGCGAACCACCGGUAUCGUGCUCGACUCCGGUGACGGUGUGAGCCACACGGUGCCCAUCUACGAGGGGUACGCGCUGCCCCACGCCAUCCUCCGUCUCGACCUCGCCGGACGCGACCUCACCGACCACCUCAUGAAGAUCCUCACGGAGCGCGGCUACUCCUUCACCACCACGGCGGAGCGCGAAAUCGUCCGCGACAUGAAGGAGAAGCUCUCCUACAUCGCCCUCGACUACGACCAGGAGAUGGAGACCUCCAAGACCAGCUCCUCCGUGGAGAAGAGCUACGAGCUGCCCGACGGCCAGGUCAUCACCAUCGGCGCCGAGCGCUUCCGCUGCCCGGAGGUGCUCUUCCAGCCAUCCUUCAUCGGGAUGGAAGCCGCGGGGAUCCACGAGACCACCUACAACUCCAUCAUGAAGUGUGAUGUGGACAUCAGGAAGGACCUCUACGGCAACAUCGUCCUCAGUGGUGGCACCACCAUGUUCACCGGCAUCGCCGACAGGAUGAGCAAGGAGAUCACCGCCCUCGCGCCCAGCUCCAUGAAGAUCAAGGUCGUCGCCCCGCCCGAGAGGAAGUACAGUGUGUGGAUCGGAGGCUCCAUCCUCGCCUCCCUCAGCACCUUCCAGCAGAUGUGGAUCGCCAAGGCCGAGUACGACGAAUCCGGACCAUCCAUCGUCCACCGGAAAUGCUUCUAGAUACUCAUAUAUCCACCCCAUUCCAUCGUCAUUAUCUUACCUUAUCAUCAUCAUCAUCAUCAUCACCAAACAAAACAAAAGUAAAGGCGUGCCGACGAUGCAUGGGAUCAUCACUACUACUGCUGCCGGGGCGCCCGUCCGAUCGCCAUCGAUGAUCCUUUUUUUUCCUUGUUUCCCUUUCUUUUUCUUUCUUGCCAAUCUUUCUACAUAAAUCAUGUUUUCUUUUCUCACUUCAAUUUUAUUUAAUUGGAGAAGAUGCUAUCUAUGCAUCCCAUUCCAUCGUCAUUUAAUUUGAUUUGUGGAUGACGCGGUGGUGGUAUGUUUGAAUUCAAUCUAAUCCAAUGGCCGGCUAGCGGCCGAGAUGAUUACUAUUGAUUAUUAUUUUUGUUAGAAAAUCGAUGUCACCCUUUUUAUGUUCACAAACUCACGAGGAAAAAUAAUAAUACGCGUGUUAAUUACUA